AUAAUAAUAAAAUAGCUUUGAAUUGGAAUUCAGUAUGUGUAAAGAGGGGCGUAUAACAAAGACUGCUCAGACCACUAUGCUUGUAUUAUACUGUGCUGUUGCGAAAAGCAUGCAGCAUUCUAUUAAAUUGUUCAUAACAACCUGUGUAAUAUGUAAUAUUAUUCAUGAACCUGAUUACAACAGCAUGACAAACGUUUCGCCCACCAACGUACGCAUAACAACAGUUCAUUCUUUUUUUUAUUUGAAUUUGAAUUGCGUUUUGAGCACGGUCAGCAUCUCGCUGUUACGAAAGGGAUUCAUUGGCAUAACACUAACUUGUAUAUAAUAAUCCAAUGUUGGUAAAUAUACAAGACAUUAUUGAAAAACAAUGUAUUUGGUUCCAAGGUAUUUUGCAUGUUGUACAUUUUAAGUAAAUAAAAAAGAAAUAAUAACUUUGUGCCCCAUAAUUGGCCUUUAUAAGGAGUAGAACGUAUAAAAAAGCAACAAAAUACACCCUUAAAACGUCAACACCGCUGAAGAGGGCAAAAUAUAUUUCCUGUUCACCAAGACCCAGUUCCCAGGGCAUUAAGGCUCAAACAAGCUACUCUGCACAAUGCUAGAAUGUAAAUUGUUCGUGCACCAACACGUUAUAAUUCAUGUGCAUCCAUGUGUACUUUACUGUAUCAGGGAACAGUCACCUGACUGUAUAUUGUACUCAUGUUGGUACAAUGGUCACAAUUCCUAUUGGUGUUCAGACUCAGUUUUUGUACAGUAGGUGUGAAGUAUUGAACAAUAGUUACAUUAUAAAUAACAGAACGAACGCACAACUUUGAUAAACAGAGGUUUUUGCAAGCAGGGAAUUUCAUUGCAGUUUUACAGACUACAAAUCUGUAUACGUCACACAUUGGUGUGUUAACAGAAGGAGCUAUUGUAAGAAAUACGAUAGAGAAAAUUAACCGCUAUGUGUAGACAGAAUUCAACAAUUUUACUUCUAGCAGUGCUGUUUAUAUCAGUAAAUGGUGUCUUCGUUUCACACAACAAUGAGUCUCUCGUAACAGAAAUAAUUCUACAGAAACUUCGAGAGCCGACAAGUCGACCUGUACUAGAUGCGGAUUCGAUAGUCAAUGUAACAGUAUCCUUUGUAUUAACUCACAUUAUUGAGUUGCAUGAUAUACUUCAAGAACUUAGAGUCGCCGGCUGGUUAAAAAUGAAAUGGCAUAACGAGCUUAUUCGCUGGGAUCCAAUUGAAUAUGAUGUCGACUGUGUUUCUAUUCCAGUAGAUAAAAUUUGGAAACCUGAUAUCACUCUCUACAAUAACCGCGAUGAAGAAUUUCGUUAUUUCCUGCCGGACGCACCAGUACACGUAUGUUCUGACGGUAGUGCGACAUACUCAGCAUAUUCUAUAUUUCAAAGUUCCUGCAAUAUUCACAUCAAAUUAUACCCAUAUGAUAAUCAAACAUGCAACCUAAUAUUUGGUUCUUGGAAUCAUGACGUGUUUGAGCUAGACAUUAAUCCACAGCGUCGUGAACUUGAUCAAAAAAACCUCUUCAAUGACAACGGUGUGUGGGAACUUGAGAAUAUCACUGCAAGCCGCGAAAUUGAGAAAUACAAUACUGAAUCCAACCCGUAUGUGUAUGCUAUCUUCUCUGUGCAUCUAAAGAGACGUCAUGAGUUUCAGUGGAGAUUUAUUUUAAUUCCUUAUUAUAUGUGUUCUUUUCUUAUCUGCUUCGUGUUCUUUAUUCCUGUUGAGAGUGGUGAAAAACUCUCGUUUGGAAUCACAUCAGUACUAGCGUUGGUAAUCUUUCAGCAAAUCAUUGCGUUUUCUCUGCCGCCGGUUGGAAACGAGGCAUCGGUUUUUGGAACCUACUUUAAUGCGGUAAUCGGUGUUGGGAUGGUUUCGAUGUUUUUGGAAAUUAUGAUUUGUAAUAUAUAUAAGCAAGGGAGUGUGUAUAAGGUAUGCUUGAAACCUACAAAGUACAUUCUCAAUAAAAUAUCCGCGUUAUGGAAGUGUAUUAGACAAACAAAAGCGAAUGAAACACGCAGCCCGGAAGGUGGAACUGGUGUGGAAAAAGAAGAAGACUCUGAACAAAUACAAGAUCAAGAUCAACAAGAAAAACAAACACCAGCAACAGCAGCAAUGGCAUCAAAUGACAGGGACAACAAUGAAAAGGAACUACAAGCACUCUGGGAUUAUAUUGAUUCCCUACUAGGAAUCGUGUGUUUUAUAGUGUUGGUGAUAUUAACGAUAUAUUUCAAUGUGGCAUUAUAAAUGACAUAUAAUUUGAAAAUAUCAUUGCAAUGUUUAUUUGUUAAUUCUCUAUUCUUUCAUUAUUGCAAAUGUCUUGGUAGCAUUUUGCAUUUAUUAUUAUUUUGUUUACACUCUUCUUUAUUAUUCAAAAUAAAAUGCAUAAUAUUUUUUUUAACAUUUACAAGAAGAACAUAUACAUUUAUUAUGAGCGUCAUUGUGAUUGUUAUAGAGCUACAUGGUGAAUUGUGAUUAUGUAAACAACCUUCACGUAUUAUUGACAAUAAAUGAUUAUAUCUAUUCGUGCAGCCAGAUAAAAACAACAAAAUAAUCAAAAUCUAUUACAAUAUCUGCAUGGUGUAUACUUGAUAUAGAUAUGAUAAAUAUUUAUUGUCGAAACGGUAUAAUACAUAGUUAUGAGGUAUUAGUGAACAUAAAUGAUGUUUUUUAAAUAUUUGAAAAAUAACUUGUAUAUUAUAAAUGGCCAAGUACAGGUAAUCUAAUCAUGGAAAUACACGGAAAUCAUUCCGUGUAUUUUGUUCCAGAAUUAAUUUUAAGAAGUUUAAAGUCAAUUGUUAAAAAUUCAACAAAACCAAUUAAAUAAUGUGAAUUUUGAUUGUUUAUAAUUUUUUUUUCUUCUAUAGUAUGUUAUUUAUCUGAUAUAAUUAUUGGUAGUUAGACCCACUGUUAUCAUCCUCUUAUGACAAAGGUAACAUACAAUGUGAUAUAAUUUUUCUGUUGUGGUUUUUAUUCGUAAUCAUUAUCAUUUCAAUUUAUAAGUAGGGUGUAGUUCUAUUAUAAAAUAAUAACAACAACAAUAAUAACAAUAACAAUGACAAUAAUAAUAAUAAUAAUAAUUAUAAUAAUAAUAAU